UUGCUAAGCAGGUCCACUUACUCUGAUCUUUUGUAAAAAAGUUGAUUUAAGUGGAGAAUUAGAUUCGAAACCUUUCUUUAUCUUGGCUCUAUAUUUACCACUCUCGAUCUCUUCUUCACAGAGUCUCACCGACAACUAAAAAUGGCAGAAGAGGUUAUUCUACUGGAUUACUGGGCAAGCAUGUUCGGGAUGAGGACGAGGAUUGCUUUGGAUGAGAAAGGAGUGAAAUAUGAGUAUAGAGAAGAAGACCUGAGUAACAAAAGCCCUUUACUUCUUGAGAUGAACCCUAUUCACAUGAAGAUCCCGGUUCUGAUCCAUAAAGGUAAACCGAUUUGCGAAUCCAUAAUCCAGGUUCAGUACAUCGACGAGCUCUGGCCCGACACAAACCCAAUUCUUCCUUCGGAUCCUUACAAGAGAGCUCAAGCUAGAUUUUGGGUAGAUUACAUUGACAAGAAGACGUACGGACCAUGCAAGGCUUUAUGGUCAGAAACAGGAGAGAAACAAGAGGCAGCGAAGGUGGAGUUCAUCGAAGUACUCACGACCCUUGAUUCAGAGCUCGGAGACAAAUCUUUCUUUGGAGGAAACGAAUUUGGACUUGUGGACAUUGCCUUUAUCGGAUUCUACAGCUGGUUCCGUACGUACGAGGAGGUAGCGAAUCUCAGCAUCGUAGCAAAGUUUCCUAAGCUAAUCUCGUGGGCACAGAGGUGCUCGAAAAGAGAGAGUGUGGCUAAGGCCUUGCCUGACUCUGAUAAGGUUCUCAAGUCUGUCUCUGAUCAUCGGAAGACUGUUUUAGGACUCUGAUCAGAUUUCCCUGUUUCUGAUUUGCUCUGUUUUCAAUAAUAGCUCGAAGUAGGUAAUGUUUGUGUUUGGGAUUCGACUGAAGCUAAUCUAAGAUCUAUUUUUAUUUUUAUUUGGUUACAACUUCUA